AUGGGCAACGACACAGACCGGCUAGCGUUGCUCGAAGUCAAAUCCAAAAUAACAAGUGACCCUCUUGGUGUCAUGAGUUCAUGGAAUGACACCCACCACUUUUGUGAGUGGUACGGGGUAACCUGUGGUCGAAGGCACGAACGAGUCGUGAAACUUGACUUGCGUUCAUUACAACUCACAGGUAUCCUCUCUCCUCAUCUUGGUAAUUUGAGCUUCUUAAGGGAGUUGUACCUUCAAAACAAUACUUUUGAAGGAACAAUACCGCGAGAAAUUAGUCAUUUGCAUAGGUUGCAGUUUUUAUGGCUGUAUAAUAAUUCCAUUGGAGGGGAAAUUCCAUCGAACAUAUCAAGUUGCUAUCGACUUAUCGAUAUUAGCCUCGAUACUAAUAUGUUGGUGGGAGAAAUCCCUCCUACACUUGGUUCCCUAUCACAUUUGCAAUAUCUUUACUUGUCAAGUAACAACUUAACAGGCAACAUUCCUUCAUCUCUCGGGAACUUAUCAUCCCUUUCGACACUCUUGAUUGCUCAAAACAACUUGUUCGGAAGGAUCCCAUUUGGUCUAGGAAAACUAAAAAACCUUGCCGUUGUACAAUUACAAAACAAUAAGUUUUUUGGAGUUGUUCCACACUUGAUCUUUAACCUUUCACUAUUGACAACUUUAGAUAUAAGUUAUAACGACUUGAUAGGAAGCCUUCCUCUAGAUUUUGGCAACGCGUUGCCACAUCUUCAGCUGUUUUCAAUAUCAAAUAAUCGAUUUGUUGGACAAAUUCCAGCUUCGAUAUCCAAUUCCUCAAAUCUAGAAGUUCUCCAAUUAGGUGAGAACAAUCUUCGUGGCCAAGUUCCUUGUUUGCACAAGCUAGUAAAGCUUACUCGCCUCGGCCUUUAUACUAACUCACUUGGGUACGGCCAUGUUGAUGAUUUGAAAUUUGUAUCUUCCUUGGCCAAUGCUACCAAUUUACAAGCGUUAGACAUAAGUCAAAAUAAUUUCGCGGGAGUUUUUCCUAAAAUCAUUUGUAAUUUCUCAUCACUUACUUAUAUAAUACUAAGCCAAAACCACCUAAUUGGAGAAAUACCAAAUUGUAUUGAAAACGUAGCAAAAUUGCAAUAUUUUGCUGCUGAUCAAAAUGCACUUUCGGGGGUCAUUCCCCAUAGCAUAGGGAAGCUUCAAUACCUCUACUUUUUACUUCUACGAAAUAACAAUUUGUCCGGAGUUAUUCCACCUUCAAUUGGAAACUUAACAAAAUUGUCUAUUUUCGGCUUUUCCGAGAAUAGUCUUGUAGGAGAAAUACCAUCAUCUCUUGGAAAUUGUAGUCUGCUAACAGGAUUGGAUAUUUCUAAUAACCAUCUUAGUGGCAGGAUACCGUUACAACUUUUUAGUCUCCCCGCCUUGUCCUUGGUGCUCAAUCUAUCCGGAAACCACCUUAUCGGAUCCCUCCCUGAAGAAGUCGGCCAACUAAAUAGUCUUGGUGCCCUUGAUGUGUCGCGUAACAUGUUAUCAGGUCGAAUACCAAGCUCUCUUGAUAGUUGUGUGUCGUUAGAGUACCUCUACAUGCGCGACAACAAUUUCUAUGGCACCAUUCCUUUUACAUUGGAGACGUUAAAAGGUCUCUAUUGGUUAGAUUUGUCACACAACAAUUUAUCUGGUGAAGUACCAAUUGGUGGAAUCUUUAGCAACGCGAGUAGUGUUGUACUAGAUGGAAACAAUAUGCUUUGUGGAGGAAUUUCUGAGUUAAAAUUGCCUCAUUGCAAUGAUUUUAGUGGCGACACUCAGAAAAGAAAGCCGAAGAAGCAUAAGAAGAAAUUAAAAGCAGCAAUUGUUUCUGGGGUUUGUGGGGUUAUUUUGUUCGUGGCUUUACUUGUAUCAUUAUAUAUAUUCAAGAAAAGAAAGAGUAGGAACUCUAAUAAGGAAAUUUUAGCUUCUGAAGUUUCCGAAAAUUUUCCUAAUUUGUCUUACCAAACUCUUCUAAAAGCCACAAAUGAGUUCUCCUCAAACAAUUUAAUUGGUAGUGGUACAUUUGGGGUUGUUUACAAGGGAGUUCUCGAUGGUAAUGGACCAACUGUUGCCAUCAAGGUGUUUAGUCUAGAGUAUCGUGGUGCGUUGAAGAGUUUCAUGGCUGAAUGUGAGGUCCUCAGAAGCAUUAGGCAUCGAAAUCUAGUUAAGGUGAUAACAGCUUGUUCGAGUGUGGAUUAUCAAGGAAGAGAUUUCAAGGCUUUGGUUUAUGAGUACAUGGGAAAUGGGAGCUUGGAUGAUUGGUUGCAUCCAUCGGAAGCAAUCAUUAGUGUCGAAGGCACAAGUAAUAGCUCAAGGAAUAUGAAUUUUCGCCAAAGGCUUGACAUUGUGAUCGAUGUUGCAUUUGCUUUGGAUUAUCUUCACCAUCAUUGUGGUGCUUCCAUAGUUCAUUGUGACCUUAAGCCAAGCAAUGUUCUCCUUGACGAUGAAAUGGUUGCGCGUGUUAGUGACUUUGGGCUAGCCAAGUUUCUCCUACAAGACAUCAUCAACUCUCAUGUAAAUCAGUCCAGCUCUAUUGGUGUAAGAGGAACUAUCGGCUACACUCCUCCAGAGUAUGGUUUGGGAAACGAGGUGUCUACUAGCGGCGAUGUCUAUAGUUUUGGGAUCCUUUUACUUGAGAUGUUUACAGGUAAGAGGCCUACUGAUCAAAUGUUCGAAGGUGGGCUGAGCCUACAUCACUUUGUGAAAGAAGCUUUGCCGGAACAGAUGAACUCAAUUCUAGAUCGCGCUCUUUUUCAAGAUAUAGAUCAAGAGGGGACUAAUGAUACGAGUAGUAGAUUAAUGUUGGAGGCCUUGACUUCGAUAUUUGGAGUAGCACUCUCUUGCUCAGCUGAAGUGCCGCGAGAAAGGUUGGAAAUGAGCGAUGUUGUUGCAAAGCUAUCAUCAAUAAGGAGCAAGUUCCUUGGAACUCGUUUACGACAAAGGAGGUUCAUUCUAAUGGGUAAUGAUUCAACUACGCAUAUCUUUGAGAUUUUCACCUGA